GGCCCCCUGCUUGACUACUCCUGCCUGUAUCCGUCUGUCUUCUCUUCACGACCCACAAUUCCCAGCGUCGCCACAACAUGGAAGAGGCCAACGUUUUGGCUGUAAAGUAACUCGAAGAAUCGAGCGCCGAGAUUCAUUUGAAAGCUACGAAUCGACCAUGGUCGUGUACAACAAAUUUCAUCAAUGAACUUUGGCCUGUUGAAGACUCAAGCAUGAGUAUUAUCCAAGACAAGCUAGGCAAUGAGUUUUUACGGAACGGAGGCAUGGACCCCAACUUUCCCACCAGCAUGAUCAUGUUCAGCCAUUUACCUCCAGUGACCAGCUUCACACGCCUGACUUCGCAAACCUCCAUGUCGGAUCUGCCCCAAGAGAUGAUCCUGAAGAAGGAGCGUGACUCUCCUGACCAUGGUGGUGGGUUUAUCCACAGUAUGGGUAUCAAACAGGAGAAGCUCAGUGAGUUGGAUUACCGCCUCCCGAUGUAUGCAACCGGAACUGGAACAGCAGGAGGAAAAAACACUGAUAUGCUGGACAUCUCGCACAGCAACCACCAGAAUAUGCUUUUGCAUGACCUAAGCCUUAGCAACCAGUUCUCUGGAAGACUGGGGAAAGACCCAAAAGAAUCUGGGCCUAGAAGAGGGAGGAGAGCAAAUGGAGAAGGAACAGAUGGCAAAGCCAGAAGGAAACAAGGAGAUUCUGCAAAGGUAUGUAUACCCUUUUAUCAGUCACCAUGUCAUUUAAAACUUUCAUAGUUUGUAGGUUUUUGA